AUGUGUGAUCUCCUGACAGAGUUUGGUGCCAUGAGAGAAAAACUCACAUCUGUGGAAACCAGACUGGCAGCCAGUGAAACCAGACUGGCAGCCAGUGAAACCAGACUGGCAGCCAGUGAAACCGGACUGAAGGAGAGUAAAAACCAGAUUCUGGAACUGAGAAACAAAGAAAGGACCAAGGUGAUAUUCAGUACAGUAGUAGGACAAGGUGAAAAACCCAUUGGACCCUUCAACACAGACACAACUUUAAUCUACAAAAGAGUGAUAACAAACAUCGGUGAUGCCUACAGUCCAUCCACAGGUAUCUUCACUGCACCUGUUGCAGGUGUUUAUUAUUUUACAAUAUUCUAUCAUGCUGGAGGAGAAAAAGAGGGAAAGCUGUUGCUGUACAAGAACAAUGACCUGGUGGUCAUGGCCCAUGAUCACCGCUCAGACUCUGACACCGCUGAUAACGGAGGAAACGCAGCAUUCCUGCAGCUGCAGCCAAGAGACCAGGUGUAUGUGCGCUUGGCUUCAAACUCACGUGUUUGGGGAUCCGACUUCCAUACAACCUUUAGUGGUUUCCUGGUCACUCAAAUGUGA